AUGAAAAUGUUGCAUCCACAGAAAGCCCGGCUGGAGCGCCAGGUGGUUGGCUCGACCAACCGGUGGCGUUUCCCCAGAAAGCCUUUCUCCGGAGACCUCCUGGGACUUUCCCAGAUGUGCAAGGCUUUGAGCAUAGACUUUGAAGAAUUUCUGAAGAACCCAGACAGGUUAUGCAUUUCACAGAUAUCGAAAAUUUUCUCUGAGAAUGUCACGAACAAGGGUAUCCAAAGCAGGGAGGCAGAUGUGAUUCUCGAGUGCCUGGGCUUCAAGUGGGAGCUCCACCAGCCCCAGCUCUUUCAGUCCGAGACCUUGACCAGGCUGUACCUGGCAGCCCUGGUGCGGGACACCAGCCACGCCCCACGGGAACUGGAGAAGCUUCUGAGAGCUCAAUCACCCAGCAAGAGCAAAGAGCGCCCGCCCAUGAAGAUAAUCAUUUCUUUGAAGAUCAAUGACCCCCUGGUCACGCGAGUUGCCUUUGCCACGGCCCUGAAGAACCUCUACCUGAGUGAGGUGGAGAUAAACGUGGACGAUGUGCUGGGGGUGCUGGCUUCCACUCACAUUCUCCAGUUCACCAACCUGUUUCAAAGGUGUGUGCUGCUGAUGAUGAACAAGCUCACGCCGAGCACCAUCAAGAACUUCUACCUGGCCGGCUGCAAGUACAAGGAAGAGCAGCUCAUCACCGCCUGCAAGGAGUGGCUAGAAAUGAACUUGGUGCCUCUGAUGGGGACGCAGCUCUACCUCCGCAAUAUCCCGCAGGAGCUGCUCCUCAAGGUGCUGAAGUCCCCCAGGUUGUUUACCUUCAGUGAAUUUCAUCUGCUGAAAACAAUACUUUUUUGGGUCUACUUGCAACUAAACUACCAAGUUCAGACAUUUCCUACCUAUGAAACUAUGCUGACAUUUUUUAGCAGCUUUACCCGGAAGUGUGCCUUUCUGGACCGGGAAACGGGACAGAUCUUCAUGCCGCUGUUUCUUUGCCUGCGCCUGCAUGGCAUCAACAGAGGCAAGGAGCUGGAGAUGUUAAGGCACAUCAACUUCUUCCCUGAGACGUGGCUGGUGCGGGUUACAGCCAACCACUACCACGCACUGGAGAGUGGGGGGGACAUGGCCCACCUGAAAGACCUUACCACCCAGGCCAUGAGGUUCGGGCUGCUCUUUAACCAGGAGCAUACAGUUUCUUCACAAAUGAUUGCUAUAUAUGGAUUCUUCUUUGAGAUAAAAGGAGUCAAACAUGAUGCCACCUCUUAUAGUUUUUACAUGCAGAGAAUCAGGCACACAGACUUGAAAUGCCCCUGUGAGCAGAGCCUGGUGAACCUGAGAGCAGAACGCUUGGUGAGGUACGAAAUCACAGCCCAUGCCCUAGUGGACGGUAAGUGGCAGGACUUCAGGACAAACAAGGUCACACAGAAGUUUGGACUUGUAAAGCCGUCCUGUCGAAGCCAGACCUUGAAAGUCCAGACUGUGGGCAUCCCAGUCUAUGCAAGUUUUGCUUUCAUCUUCCCAAUAUCUUGAGAGUUUCCAGAAGAAUCUAUGGGAUUUUUUUUUCCUUCCACCA